CACACACACACACCCUCUCCCCUCUCCCUCCUCCUGCCGUUACCCAGCAUCGAGGACCCCCUGCGCCUCGGCCGCCGCUCCUUCCCCACCGCUACGCCCCCUCUCGCGUGCGCGCGCGCGUGCUCCCAGCCAUGUCCACUGCCACUGGGCAUGCCGUCUAUGGCGGCGGCACCGGGGCCUCCUCAGCCGCCUCCUCCCGGCACCAGCUCCCCUACCGCCCGGGUCUGCCGACGUUCCAGGGCUCUUCGCCCUUCAUGCACAACGAGGACCCGGAGGACGGACGCCAAUCGGCCACCGGGUCGCCGGAGUCCCAGCGCCACGCCGGAAGCCAGAAGUUCGCCGACCCGGCGGACUUCGGCGCCGCACCCCCAGUCCUCCACUCGGGCCUCUCCAGCGGCUGGACCAUGGAAAAGGACCCCUCCGGUCGGAGGUACUUCAGCAGCUCCUCGCUCCAGUCGACCUCCUGGUUUGACCCGCGCAUUCCGCUCGAGCGGUACUCGUCUUUUGAUAACCCCCCGGCCCCGGCCUUUGUCCGGACUGCCAAGUACAUCCUGCGCGACUCGCGUCAGUAUGGCUUCUCCUUCCUUGACGGCGAUCGCCUGGUGCGCAGCGCGCGCGCCUACCGGAAGGAGACCUCCGGCGCGCGCAUGCGCAAGGGUGACCUCGAGAAGAUGGUCCGCCAGGCGAUGCGCUCCGCCCGGGACUGGGUGGCCCAGGGCCUGCAGGAGAGCCCCUACGCCAAGCCCACCCCGCCGGCCGACCCGGCGAGCGUCACCGACGCCGCUGUCUCCGAGAAGGACACCGAGCUGAAUGCCGCGGCCGGGCGCGUCACCGAUCGCGUGUUCUCCCUCCUGGACCUGGAGUAUCAGCAACAUUGCGAGCUGCGAAGCGGCCUGAUCGCGCUGGCCUUCAUGAGUCGCAUCCGCUUCCGCAAGAAGCUGGAAGUGGUCGCCGACACGCUCGACACCACGGGCAAGCGCAUGCUCACCGUCGACCACAUCACCUUCCUGCUGGAAACCCUGCAUCAGCUGAUCGAGCACCCGGACUACCGGUAUCGCCUGCUGAUGCCGGGCCAGGCCAAAGUCCAGGCGAAGCGCCUUCUUUUGGUGGCGGCCACCGGCAAUCCCAACGCCGCCGACCAGCCGGCCGUCGACCAGAGCGGGUCCAUCAUCCUCGGCCGGCGCGCUGGCGACCCGGAGGAGGUGUCGGCCACCCAGCUGGCGGACUACAUCAUUGGCGGAGUGGAGCACCUCCGGAAGAUGGCCAAGAGCCGGAGCCGCAAGCGCGACAAGAACCUGCCCGACAACUUGGUCGAGGAGUUCGAGCUGGAGCUGCCCGAUCCGCCGGGGCUGCCGCCCAUCCUGCGGGCCUUCCGCAUGAUGGAGCGCAUUGACGCGGCGGAGCGGGUUACCCACGAGGGAACCAUCUGCGCCGCCUGCAGUGCCAGCCCCAUCCAGGGGCUUCUGUAUGAACUGGCAAAGCCCCAUAGCUUGUCGCCGCCGAGCUCGCGCGGGGCUUCGCACGACGGCACUUCGCCGGCGCCCGGCUCGUCGGCCGGGCCGGCCACCGAUUCCAAGCGCAAGUUGAGCUUGCGCUUUGGCGGGGGCAGGAGCCGGUCCACCGGCGACCAGGCCGCGGCCCCCGGUGGCGGCACGGCGGCCACCGGCCCCGGGGCUGCCGGCGACAAGGCCCCCGAGAGCCGCACCGUGUCGGCCGGCCAGGCAGUCGAGACCACGGGCACGGAUUUGUGCGCGGACUGCUUCUGGGCCGGGCGCGGGCCCGCCACUCUAACUCCGGCCGCCGGGGCCGGCGCCGGGGCCACCCCGCCCUCGCCCUGGCUUCUCGGGACCCUGUCGCCCUUCUCCCGGCCGCUGGAUGCCGACGACGCCUCGGGGUCCGGCGCCAAGACCGCCGCCACGCUGCCGCCGCCCCUCAGCCCGGGCCUGGUGGCGGUGGAGCGCGCGCGCUCGGUCACCCGUCGCCGCUCGGCCGGUCCCAGUCCCCUGUCCCAACAGGCCGGUGCCGCUGACGCCGCGGCCGAUGCCGCCAAGAAGGCCGACAAGAAGAAGUCCGGCAUGCGGGGACUAUUCCGGUGCGUCCCCGGGGGGAGAGGGAGAGCGUCCCGCUGCCCGCAUCGAGCCCGCCAAACAGGGCUGGCCAUGCAGCAGCGGGGACGGGCAGCACACCUCGCGGCGAGGAGGGAGCCAGAAGGGGCGCGCAGGAGCAGGCCGAGAGAGGCCCUCACCGCGAGCGGGGUGACGCCCGGCCUAGGAUACAUGGCAUGGGGGGUGCCAGGGGGGAGGGCCGCCAUACGGGCGCAAACAACACACUUCGCCGACGGCCACUGACAGCCAGACCAUGCUGUGCCCACACGUGUGCGGGGCACCCGCCGCCGCGACCGGUCGUGUCGCGCACAGGCGCAUCAGCAGCGGCCCGCUGGCCGGCGGAUCCGGCACCCGCCGCGACGCCCCGGCCGCCGGGCAGCAGCCCCCCGCCGCGCACCACCACCCCGCCCUGUCGGAGGAGCACCAGGCCAUUGCCCGGUCGCUCAGUCGCGAGGAGACCGCCGUGACGGAUCUCCACCAGCAGCAACGGCAGUUCCACGAGACGGUUGGUGUGCAGCCGCUUUCCCCGGGCGGGGUGGCCUCCUACUCGCCGGAGGACGACCACGACGACGAGGAGGAGGACGGCCAUGACAACGAGAGCCACCACCAUGGCCACCGUCACCAUGACGAGCAUUCCGACGGCUACGACAGCUACGACAGCUACGACAGCUACUACUCCGACGAGGAGGAGGACGAGGACGAGGA